AUGAUAAUUGCAGAAUUUGUUACUGGAAAUUUUGCCAGUGCAUUCAUAGCCCUGGUGAACUGCAUUGACUGGGUAAAGAGGAAAAGGAUCUCUGUAGUUGAUCGGAUUCUUACUGCACUAGCUGUCUCCAGGAUUGGCUUGAUGUGGACACUAGUCACAAGUUGGUUUUUGAAAGUGUUUCAUCCAACUGCCUGUACUAAAGUAAUAAAUUUUACUUGGAUUGUCUGGGAAAUAAACAAUCAUUUUAAUAUUUGGCUUGCCACUAUCUUAAGCAUAUUUUACUUUCUCAAAAUAACUAACUUCUCCAACUUUAUUUUUCAUUACCUAAAGAAGAGAGUUAAUAAAGUCAGUUUAGUAAUUUUUUUGGGGGGUUUGGUGUUCCUGCCUUUUAGUUAUAUGAUGACACCUGUGUAUGAAACUAAGAAUAUAAAAGGAUAUUUAGAGAAUGUGACUGGGAAGCCUGAACUGAAGGGUGGUAUAUACCUUUCCAGAAGAAUUUUAUUCAUGCUAGUAAAGUUUCUACCCUUUUUGAUGUCCUUGACCUGCAGUCUUCUAUUAAUCUCCUCCCUGAUUAGCCAUCUCAAGAAGAUGAAGCUCCAAGGCAAAGGAUUCCAAGAUCUCAGCACAAAGGUCCAUUAUCUUGGACAGAUGCUUCAAUACAGUAAUGGAUCCCAAGAUCCCAGCACGAAGGUCCAUGGGAAGGCUUUGAAGACUGUGCUCUCCUAUCCUUUAUUAAUUGCCAUGUACUCGCUGACUGUGGUCAUGUCAAAUUGGAGCUUGACUGUUUUUCAGGAUGAAUCAGUUUUCUUGCUUUCCCAGACUUUUGCAACUUUAUAUCCUUCAAUCCAUUCGUGUGUCCUGAUUUGGGGAAACAAAACUGAAACAGGCAUUUGUGGCAAGCAAGGUGCUGCUGAAGGAAAAGAAACCUUCAAGAAGAAAUCAUCAAUAGAGUGA